AGGACACAGCUGGCCAGUCCACCCCUGCACCCCGAAUUCCGCAGCCCCCCAAGCCCCCGCUGUGCCUCACCAGGGGCACAGAUGCCCCCCAGUGCCCCCAUCCUCUCUGGCUCAGGGUCCCUGGUGCUGCGAGGCCAGGGUGCAGGGAGCGGUGGGAUUGGGGUGCUGCACCCACAGACACCCCAAGACCUGCUGGAGUCCCCCCGGUUUGGCUCAGGGUGUCCCCUCUGAGGACUGGGGUCACCCGGAGGUCCCUUGGGGGUCCCAUGCACCUCCUUCCUCCCCUCAUCCCCAAGUCCAGUGUUCAUCUACUCCCUCCCUACUCUGGCGCUUUGGGGUCCAGACCGAGCCCCCCACCCGGGGGUCACCCACCUCUUAUGACAUGACGAAGCCCCUCACCACAUGUGCCCCAGCUCUGCCGUGGCCCCGUGCCUCAGUUUCCCCGCCUCUAGGACAGAGGGUGGCUUUGCUCUCUGGUCGCUGGCCCGCGAUGGGACCCCGCGGUGGGCACGGUGCCACCUCCCCCGCGCUCGCCCUCCGCCCUGUGCCCGCCUGGCGCAGGUGGGAGCGAAGCGGCAGCAAAGGCAGCUGAGAAGAGGAAAGAGGAAGAAGCGGCGGCGGCGGAGGAGGAGGAGGAGGAGGAAGAGGGGGCCGGUGCCGGCAGCCCCGCCGGCGCUUUGCGGGGGCUCAGCGCACCCCCGGGCACCCAUCGCAGCCCCCCAGGUGCCCACCCCGAAGUUUGAAGUUCGCCGGCAUGGCCAAAAGCACCUCGCUGCGCUGCCGGGUGCUGGAGGCGAAGGACCUGCCCGCCAAGGACCUGUCUGGCUCCAGCGAUCCCUACUGCGUGGUCAAGGUGGACAACGAGGUGGUGGCCAGGACGGCCACCGUGUGGAAGAGCCUGAACCCUUUUUGGGGUGAGGAAAUCACGCUGCUUCUGCCCCGUGGAUUCCACAGCCUCACCAUCUGCGUGCUGGAUGAAGACACCAUUGGGCAGGACGAUGUCAUUGGCAAGGUCUCGCUCAGCCACCAGCAGAUCUCAGCUGAGCCGCGGGGCAUCGACAGCUGGCUCAGCCUGGCACCUGUGAACCCUGACCAGGAGGUGCAGGGCGAGAUCCACCUGGAGCUGCGAGUCCCCGAGCGGGGCCACCCGCGGGUGCUGCGCUGCCACCUCAUCGAGGCCAGGGACCUGGCCCCCCGGGACCCCUCGGGCACCUCGGACCCCUUUGGCCGGGUGUCGUGCUGCGGGCACACGUUGGAGACAGCCUCCCGGUGCCCGCAGGUGGUGAAGAAAACUCGGUUCCCGCGCUGGGAUGAGGUGCUGGAGUUCGAGCUGCCCGAGGGGGAGCUGGGAGAGGCUGUGCUGAGCGUGGAGCUUUGGGACUGGGACAUCGUGGGCAAGAACGACUUCCUGGGGCGGGUCGAGUUCUUCUUGGACACCCUCUGCCCAGGCCCCACGAGGGGCUGGUUCCAGCUCCUGCCCUUCCCCAGCACCACCGAGGACCACGGGGGACAGCUGGGUGCCCUGAGGCUGGCAGUGAGGCUGCUGGAGGACACGGUCCUGCCUCCCCACCACUACCAGCCCCUCAUCCAGCUCCUCACCGAGCCCAUCCUCUGCCCAUCCCAGUCCCCUGAGAGCACAGCCCUGGCUGUCCUGGAGGAGGUGACCUCAGGGGAGAGCCGGCAGGACGUGGCCACCAAGUUGGUGAAGCUCUUCUUGGCCCAAGGGCUGGCUGUGCCCCUCCUGGACUACCUCACCACCCGCGAGCUGGCCAGGACCACUGAUCCCAACACCCUCUUCCGCUCCAACUCACUGGCCUCCAAAUCCAUGGAGCAGUUCAUGAAGGUGGUGGGGCUGCCCUACCUGCAUGAGGUCCUGAAGCCAGUGGUGAACCGCAUCUUCGAGGAGAAGAAAUAUGUGGAGCUGGACCCCGGCAAGAUGGAGCUGAGCCGGGGCAGGAGGAUCUCCUUCAAGGGCUCCCUGUCGGAGGCACAGGUGCGGGAGAGCAGCCUGGAGCUGCUGAAGGGCUACCUGGGGGACAUCAUCGAGGCCAUCGUGGGCUCGGUGCACAAGUGUCCCCUCCCCAUGAGGGUGGCCUUCAAGCAGCUCCGCAGGCGGGUGGAGGAGCGAUUCCCCUCGGCACAGCACGAGGAGGUGCGGUACUUCUCCAUCAGUGCAUUCCUCUUCCUUCGCUUCUUCGCUCCCGCUGUCCUCACCCCGAAGCUCUUCGGGCUCCGGGAGCAGCACGCGGAGCCCUGCACCGGCCGCACACUCCUGCUGCUCGCCAAGGCUCUGCAGAGCAUCGGGAACCUGGGGCUGCAGCUGGGGCAGGGCAAGGAGCCGUGGAUGGCCCCGCUGAACGCCGUCCUCCUGCCCAGUGUCACCCGUGUCCGGGCCUUCCUGGAUGCCCUGGUCACCGUGGUGGACGAGGUGCCAGUGCCACAGGGACAUUCCCAGCCCUCGGCCACCAUCAAGGAAGGUCCCCUGCACACCUGCCCAGAGGGGGGGGUGGCACUGCUGCCCCGCUUCUCCUUCAAGAAGAGGCACUUCAGGCUCAGCAGCCAGGCCCUGGCCUAUGCCAAGGCACCCCAGGGGCAGGUGCUCGGCUCCAUCCCGGUGGAGCAGAUCCGGGCAGUGGAGCAGGUGGACAAGGGCGCCUUCCAGCACCCCCACGUCCUGCAGGUGGUGGCACAGGAUGGCACCGGGCAACUCCACACCACCUACCUCCAGUGCAAGCCCUGGUGCCUAUCCCUCCCUCCUCCUCCUCCUCCCCUGCCCUGGCAGUGCCCUCGGGGGUGCCCCGUCCCUGCUGUCCCCGCAGAGCGCCCCGGAGCUGUGGCAGUGGCUGUGGGCGCUGCGCCAGGCCACCAGCGCCAACCGCGACAUGCUGCCCACGUGCCACCCCGGCACCUUCCGCGCCGGCCGCUGGACCUGCUGCCUGCAGCCCACCCGUGCCGCGCCCGGGUGCAGCCGUACCCACAGCGCGGUGCUGCUGGGGGAGUGCAGCGACCUUGGGGACCCCGCGGUGGCAGCGCAGAGCCUCUACGGGCACCUGCGGGCAGCGCUGGCCGGGGGUCCCGUGGGCAGCGCGGUGGCCGGGCCCCCCUGCCCGGGCCAGGCAGGGCGACCCGAUGGGGACAGGCUGCUGGAGGUGCUGCGAGACCUGGACAUCGCCCACGACGCCUUCACCCAUCACGACGAGACCCCAGGGCCACCCCCAAGUCCCCUCUCUGUCCCCAGACCCCCGGCACCCCCCAGCCUCCGCCCCUCAGCCCACCCCGGGAGGGGCAGGAACGCCAGCGGGGCCACAGAGGGGACGCGGGGACAGCAGCCCGGCACGGGGUGUAUUCUGUAACACAGACAUGUACAUGGCACCGGCUGUGCGCGGCUCCCUGGGGCAGCGGCGGGUGACACGGGUGACACGGGUGACACGGGUGGCACAGACGCGCAAAGAGGCCACGGGUAGAAAAAGACCAC